AUGAACUGGACAGGACAGUACGUAGGUGCAGUAGUAAUAGACGUAGGCCACUCAGUAAUAAGAUGCGGAAAAGCAGGAGAACCGUACCCGUCACAAUUAUGGCCCUCCUCAGUAGGAAUAGGAGAAGAUUGCGAAGUGUUCCCAGUGAUACCGAGCGCACGCUACAAAGUGCAAAUGGUAGAGCACGUGAAGUACUACGACCUGGGAAAAAACGUCUCAUUCAUAAACAAAAACUCGUACAUAAGGUCAAUAAGAGGAGCACUCUCAGGAAGAGUGCACGACAAAGUGAUGAUAGAGCGCCUGAAAAGAGCACAGAGAAGCGAGGACCUGGAAGAAGUGUCGCUGCUGGUGGGAGCACACAAGUACGACAAGGACUGCUGGGACGAGUUCAGCAACUGCAUGGUGCCGGAAGUGGGCAACGCUAAGUUCACGGACCCAAGUAAGAGAAGCGCAGCGGAAGUGCUGAAGAACAUGUACUCCUUCAACUCAGUGUCGCCAGGACUGUCUGAGCUUACGGGAGCAAGCCCAAUCUUCGUGGUGGAGUCGAACGAAACAACAAGGUACAACAGAAUGGUGCAGACGGAGCUGCUGUUCGAGGAACUGGGAGCCCCAGGAGUGCACUUCGGACACGGAAGUCAGCUGGCGUCGUACGCAGCAGGAUCGCUCAACUCAGUGGUGGUGGACGUAGGAAGCGCAACGACGUCAAUCACGGCGCUGGUGGACGACGACGUCCUGGGCUACAAGGAGUACAACAUAGGAGGAGACCACGUGGACACGGCACUGCUGAACCUGCUCCUGAGAACAGACAGAGCGAAUUUCACGUACCUGAUGAACCACCCGGAGUACAACCUGGGAGUGUCGUCGCUGAUGAAGAUCACGGACGCGGACGUGGUGGAGAUCUCGAGGAGGCCAUACUCGAAGGUGAUGUCGCUGGGAGUGUUCAACCUACACCACGACGUGAAGAGCCUGAAGGAGAGCAUAAUGAAGGUGUCGGCAGUGCCACUGUUCCUAAACCCAGAAUCACUAGCAGGUGAGAGUUGGCAUUCGGACGGUUAUACGUGCAUACUUGCAACGACGAGGAGGCUGCCUGACGGAAUACACUUUGACGUGACAGAAGAGGAGUCGAAGCUGAGAAGUUUGACGAAAAACAAGGCGAUCCUGACGGAUAAGCCGUUCGACGCAAAGAGCAUAGACAUGAAUAAAAUGACGCCCUUCCAACUGGUGGGACUCUCGUGCGAAAUACUCUUCAACCCGCACAUACUGCACAAGUACAACAACAACUUCAAGGGACUGGUGCCGAUGUGCGAGGACAUGCUGAAGGAUAACACAAUAUACAGAAGAGAUAUAUUCGGCCAGGUGGUACUGGUGGGAGGAGUGGUGCUGACGACAGGACUGCAGGAAAGACUGCUCGCAGAGCUUACGAGAGCGGCGGCGAAGACGCCACAAGAGUCGUUCCUCUCAGGCUCGAGGUUCAAGUUUAUACCAUUCCAUUCAAAGGCUGCAGCGAGGCACGCGAGCUGGAUAGGAGCAUCAAUAGUGUCGAGCCUAGGCUCAUUCCACAACUGCUGGAUCUCAAAAGCAGAGUACAUGGAGCACGGACCAAACAUAGCAAACAGAAAGGGAGGAUACCUAAAGGGAUACAGAUGA